CUGCCACACAUGUGCUUUCUCCCCCCUGCUCACUUGCUCCCUUCACUGGAUCCGUAGUGUCCUCUUUUCUUUUCGCUCUUCUUUUAGUUUCUUCUCAAUAAGAGUAAAAGGUAACAUAUUUCAGUCAAGAAAACAACACUCCAUUUCUACAUUUGAAAAAAAGCCUCAACUGCAACUUUAAAAGGUUUUUAAAAAGAUCAACACUAAAGACAUUCUUUCACACCAACUUUACCUGACCUAUUUAACUUCUCUUUAUUAAUAUACAAAAAGAUAUACAAAGAUGGAACUUCAGAAACUAUCAAAUGGACACCAUCAGGAAUUCCAGCCUCUGGAGGAUGGUUUGUCACCAGAGCAAGAAAACUUUAUACCACAUAAGAGCAGCGGGGAAAAAAAAACCCAGUUUACAGAUUUCGAAGGGAAGACCUCAUUUGGAAUGUCCGUGUUUAACCUCAGCAACGCUAUCAUGGGCAGUGGAAUCCUGGGACUGUCAUAUGCCAUGUCUAAUACUGGCAUAAUUAUGUUCCUGUUCCUGUUGAUAUGCAUUGCAAUACUUUCAUCUUAUUCUAUUCAUCUCCUUCUAAAGAGUGCUGGAGUCGUUGGUAUUCGUGCAUAUGAGCAGCUCGGGAAAAGAGCUUUCGGUCAAGUGGGAAAAAUACUGGCAGCUCUUGUCAUAACAAUGCACAACAUUGGAGCAAUGUCUAGCUAUCUCUUCAUUGUGAAAUAUGAGUUACCUUUGGUCAUUCAAGCCUUUUUGGGGCUUCACCAUAGCAGUGGACAGUGGUAUCUGAAUGGCAACUAUUUGAUCAUAUUUGUCUCUAUCUGUAUUAUUCUCCCACUGGCUACGAUGAGACAACUUGGGUACCUGGGCUACACCAGUGGGUUCUCACUCACUUGUAUGGUUUUCUUCCUCAUCUCAGUCAUCUACAAGAAGUUCAACAUCCCAUGCCCUUUUGAGGAUUUUAACAAUCACACCACAGUCAAUUUCACAAUGGAAGAAGAAUGUGAGGCCAAGUUCUUCACUGUCAACCAGCAGACGGCCUAUACAGUUCCCAUUUUGGCCUUUGCAUUUGUGUGCCACCCUGAAGUGCUGCCUAUCUACACUGAAUUGCGCAACCCAAGUAAGCGACGUAUGCAGGCCAUCGCCAAUGUAUCCAUCCUAAGCAUGUUUGUAAUGUACCUGAUGACCGCAAUCUUUGGAUACCUCACCUUUUAUGGAAAUACAGAGACAGAGCUGCUGCACACCUAUAGCAAAGUGGACCCGCUGGAUGUAUUGAUCCUGUGUGUGAGACUGGCUGUACUAGUGGCUGUCACACUGACUGUGCCUGUGGUGCUUUUCCCGAUUCGACGAGCUCUGCUGCAACUGAUUUUCCCCAAGAAACCUUUUCACUGGGCUCGUCACAUAUGCAUCGCUGUGUGCCUCCUUUUUGUCGUCAAUUUGCUUGUCAUCUUUGUACCCAACAUCCGAGACAUUUUUGGCAUCAUCGGUGCCACCUCUGCACCAAGCUUGAUCUUCAUCCUUCCAGGCCUCUUCUAUAUCCGCAUUGUUCCAAUAGACCAGGAACCACUCUCCUCAAGACCAAAAAUUCAGGCUAUUUGUUUCACGGCCCUGGGUUUCAUCUUUAUGACGAUGAGUUUAACCUUCAUAGCCCUGGACUGGAUCAGUGGAGAGAACCGCAGUGGUGGGGGACACUAAUUCCCAACCACAAACACAAAGGGUCCAGUAUGUCUGCUCAGAAGAACACCACCUGUCUUCUUCUCUCAAACCCAGUUUUGGAACAUGAGAGAAAAGCAAAAAACAAAUAAACCAACAAACAAAAUCACUGAUAGGCUGGGCCCAUCUCAUCUCUGGUCCCUUUCCUUACUGCGUGAGGGUAGGACCUGCUUCCCACCAUAUUUCAAAUUAAAUAGAGGAGUGUUUGUGGUGGAGGAUCUUGGCUGAACAUGAUGACAUCGCGCCCUUUCGAGGCAGUAACCUUCAAGAUCCUGAAUGCAAUCAUUUGCUUUGACAAUCCACAGAGAUAAAUGCCAAUUAGGUUUCUGAUGGCAACUGCUUAUAGAUGCAAAAUUUAUAAAGGUUAAUUUGCAAGAUCUGUAAGAGAAUCGCAAAAAGGCAGAUGUAAUGGUUUAUGUUCUCCCAUCAGUGUAAACAGGAAAAAUCCAUGUUUCAUGUCAAGGUUUUAGGACAGAUAGAUGUAUGCCAAGUACAUACAGCAGUAUUUCAUUCUAUUGAUCAGCUACAGUUUAUGUUUAGAAGAAAACUCUAUCCAAAUUUCUCUUUCACAGCACAGUUUUAGUAAAGGGUUAAGUAAAAUCUUAAUGAUGAAAUAGGAAGAAACAUUAAAAAUAUACCGCAUGAGAAAUUUCUUAAAGCCACAAUCACUGCUUUAUAAAGACAGUAAAUUAACAGUAAAUGUAUGGCAAAAUAGCUAAUUUAUGUAACAUCUUUUCAGUAUUUAACACAACUGCCAUUACCUCAAGCAAAAAAACAAUUGAACAGACAAAACCAUCAUGUGCCUUAAAAACACGGGGUGCAAACCUUGUUUCCAGAUUCUUUUUAAAAGCCUUAUUCAAUACCAUACCUCAGUUUGUUGUUCUCAAGUCCCUGGCAGUUGUUGUAAAGCAGAAUGGACAAAUUAGAUAGUAUAUUGAUUUGUUUUAAGCUUUUCACAGCUGCUUUUUGUUUAAGCAGGAUUACACUUCAUCUGAAUGAGAAAGGUACAGCAAAAAACCUCUAUAAUAAAAUUAAUUGCUGAAUUAAUAGCUUUAAAGUAAAAGCAUUCAAUCAGUAGAAUUAGAGCGAAGGAUCCAUCUGUAUAUUUUUUUCCACAAUGAAUGAGUGAAGCAUGAUAAUUAAAAGCUCAUAAUGUGACACUGAUUAUCAUGUAUUUAUCAGCACUUCUACUGUGGCCUUUUCUUUUAGGUUGUAUUUUUUGGGGGCCACAGAUAAAAUCUUCACAAAUUUAAAAUACUAAGAAUGAAACUUAUAAAAAAAUUAUAACCAGUGCAUUUAAGCCAAUACGAUAGAGCAGAAUAGGGCUGAAUUAAGGGUUAAAUUGUUUUUCCUCUGAGUCUGGAGGCCAUUGUGAGAUGGUGUCCGUUAUAUAUUUUUUCAAAAGCUGAUUAAUUUCCAUGUCCCUCAUGUAUCCAUAUAUAUACAAUGGAGAGGAAAAUCUAAAAAAAAAGGUGCUAAAAAACAGAGCAACAUUUGGGGAAUAUUUCCCCUUUAUAAAUGACAGCUCACUUGGCAUUUCAGACAAACACUGACAAACACAGUGUUUUCAUUUCAUCAAACACUGUCUCAAAAUGUCCUUGAAUAAGCACACCCUACUUUCUUAGUUGUAAAGUAGGUCAUACUCGGUUUACAGUGUGGUGUGGUGAUUAGCUUUUAGCUGUGCAUGCCAAAGCAAAUGCCAAUGUGAAUCUGACAAUUUACAUCCUGUGAACUUGACGAUUUUACAUUUAGCUUAUACCUGCAACUUAUGGUAUCUACAACUUACUCUUUCUUCAGUUUUUACAGCAUUUCUGUUAAAUAAAAUUCUGUAUAUUCUACUCUUCACCUAUGGUAGUUCAGUUAUUUUUUUUUCUGUAACAGCUCUGCAUCUUUUCUCCAAGUUUCAAAAAUAUGGUGCCAACAUUUGAUGAAGUGACACAGAAUGUUCACAGGAUAUCCAGAUACCAUAUCCUGACACCAAAGAUAUUUUGCCGCUGAUGAAGCUACUUCAUCAACUGUUUCUUGUUUUGUUUUUUGUUUACUGAAUUGGAUGUUGACUUGGUCAUGCUUACAGUUUUCAAUAAAGACGAAUUCUGUAUGAGAA